AUGCGUUUCUACCAGCUUCUCCCUGCCAUUGCCCUUCUCGGGUUUUCAGAGGCAUCCGAACCUCUACAUCCCAAAGAAAAGCCGAAUAUCCUGUUCGUUAUUCUAGACGAUCUUGAUUACCACAUGACCGACUUGAGCGGUGUGAUGCCAUCCGUCAAAAAGCACAUUAUUGAUCAGGGAACAACAUUUCCCAACCACUAUUGCCAAGUAUCUCUCUGCUGUCCUGCCCGCGCAUCCAUCCUGACUGACCAAACUGCACACAACCAUAAUGUGACCGAUGUUCACUACCCCAGUGGUGGAUACCAAAAGGUUUACGAGCAAAAUUUCAAUGAAGAUUAUCUUCCAGUUUGGCUUCAGGAAGCUGGGUACGGCACAUACUAUGUAGGCAAGCUCCUUAACGACAUCAGCACCCAAAAUUACAACGAUCCUUGCUUGAACGGGUGGGACCGCAUUGAGGUGCUGCUCGAUCCCUUUGCCUACGACUUCUGGUCUCCUGCCUUUGCUAGGAACAAGGACCCUUGGCAGCGGUACAUGAACAACUACACAACGGAUUUGGUCUCCCUCAAGUCAAUGGGCUUCUUGGAAGAUGCCCUUGCCGAUGACAAGCCCUUCUUCUUAGGGGUUGCACCCAUCGCUCCACACAGCGAGGUACUGGUGAAUACUACUAGUCUUACCGCGACCUUUUCUGCGCCCAAGCCGGCUACGCGGCACAUUGGGAAGCAUGCAGGUGCUCAGGUGCCGCGGACCGAUAAUUUUAACCCGGACAAGCCAUCAGGUGCUAGUUGGAUCAAGACUCUGGAUCAGCUGAACAGCACUGAGGUCCAGCAGGGUGACGAGUGGUACCAAGCUCGGCUUGAAUCUCUUCUGGCUGUUGACGAGAUGGUGGACUCGUUAUUUGCCAAGCUCGAGGAGAGUGGUAAAUUAGAUAAUACCUAUGUCAUUUUCACGAGCGACAAUGGCUUCCAUAUUGGCCAGCACCGUCUCUCUCCCGGAAAGACAUGCGGUUACGAGGAAGACAUCAACGUGCCUUUUAUUGUCCGUGGUCCUGGAAUCGCCAAGGGACACACCAUGGAUGUCGUCUCUGGCCAUAUCGAUAUUGCGCCAACCAUUCUGGAGAUGACCGGCAUUUCCCAGCGUGACACGUUCGAUGGCAGCCCCAUUCCUCUAAAUGAGGAUGCACUCAAGGCUCUGACGAAGCCAAAGACUGAGCACACCAGCAUCGAGAUGUGGAGAAGCAACAACCAGAGCUUCUUCCGGACUGGAAAGAUUGAAAUGAUGGAGGAAGCGACGCAAAAAACUUACAAGCCGGUUCGACUCAUCAGCGGAGACCACAAUCUGUACUACUCUGUUUGGUGCACGAAUGAGCACGAGCUCUAUGAUAUGAAGGCAAGUCUUCACCUGCAAAGUGAUUCGCAGCAGAUGAAUAAUCUAUUCGAAGGCGGUUUUGGAGGAAGUUAUGAGAGUGCUGACAUUGUUAGACUUGCUCACCGUCUUGAUGCACUCCUAUAUGUCCUCAAGAGCUGCCGCGGAGACUCAUGCCGCUACCCGUGGGAAUCACUGAUGCCACUUGAGACGGUUACUAACCUGUCUGAUGCCAUGAAUCCUAAAUAUGACGAGUUCUUCGAGACAGUUCCAAAGGUUUCAUUUUCAUCGUGCCAGCAGGACCAUAUCAUUGAGGCGGAGGGACCCCAGUUCGAAACAUGGACUGUCGAGGGUAGCAAGACAACUCGUGGGAUGGAGAGGGGGUGGGACCAUGUUCAAGCUUGGAUUACUUGA